AUGUGUUUCACUUGCUUGAAUUCUGUGAACACAGAAAUGAAUCAGUCCUAAUUUAAUCCUUCCAUUAUUUGAGUAUAGGAUCGUGUUCUCUUCUGUGUCCAUAGAUUAGAUAACGUUUGACUAUUAAAUAACGAUUUUUCUUCCUAUACCUAAGUCCGAUCCGACUUCUGAGGCGUCAAAAUGAAAGCCUACACUAUAGUUCUGGCAUUUGCAGUAUUUUCAUUCACAAAAGCAAUCAACUGCCCAACACCUCAAAACCUACCAGUCAAAGAAAUCGAUUAUCAAAAAUUUUUAGGAGAGUGGAUAAUGUUAGCUAAUAAACCCGAGUGGAAUGAAAGGUGCAAAAAUAUCACUGUAAAAAAUACUACCAAUAACGGGAACAGACUACACGUAGAGUCCUUCAAAAAACAGCUUCAUUUUUGGCGAAAGCAUUCCAUAAAAGACUACGACGUCGUAAAGCAUCUCAAACCAACAUCAAUCCUAGAGCUCAAGAACAGGUCCUGGUAUUCUUUAGGAACUCUUAAUUUACAAAUGAUAGCGGCCGACUAUGAGCAAUACGUCGUCCUCUACAACUGUCACAAGGAAAUUUUCUUUCUUUCAGAGAUUGUUGAAAUAUGGGGGCGUCGAGAUUUAAAGUUCUCCUCCGAUCGAGUUCCUAAAGAAAUUAGGGACGUUCUGGCCAAGUUCAAAAUAUCCUCAGCUGACCUGAGGUAUAGGAAACCAGAGGAUUGCUGGCUUUAACAACUGGGAAAAGAAAAAAAAAUAUGAUUUAUAAACAAUUGAUUUGUGCUGAUCUCAUGCAGAAAUACAUUAAAAAAAAAUUAAAUUUAUCCCAAUUAUUUUUAACUUCUUUACUUUCAGUUACUCGUUAUAGUUUAUAAAGUUUACUUUUAUAUUUAGGAAAACCUCGUAACUUCUUCUACAAUCUUACAUCCCUCUAUUCUCACGCAUUACAAUCCUAGAACUUUUAAAAUACUCCAUA